GCGGGGGCGGGGUCGCGGCGGACCUGUGCGCGGCGUGGGGCGGCCAUUCAAACGCCGGCCGACCUUCCUGAGCUCUCCUCCCGUGCCGGGCGACCUUCCUGCGCUCUCCUCCGGGGCGCCGGGGCGCGACGUCGGCGGCCGGGCUCGCGUGGGCGGCGUCGGCGUCAUGGUCCAUUUCUUGCAUCCGUUGCUGUGGCCGCGGGCCCUCGUCCUGCCCGACGCCCAGCAGGACGCGCAGGGCCACUGCUUGGUGCAGGAGGAGGCAUCACCCUACUCAUUGGUCAACAUCUGUCUGGAUGUCUUAAUUGCUGAAUUGGACAAAUGGUGUUCUAAAAGACCUGAUGGAACAUUGUGUCUUCCAGAGCAUUGGUAUUUUCCUCAUGAAAUAGCCGAUAAAUUCCUUGAGAGGAUGGCUUGGCAAGGCAAGCUGACUGACAGAACAGCGAGCAUUUUCCAGGGCAAGCAGAUGAGCCUGAAGCUCAUCAAUAUUCCGAGAGUUAAACUCUCCGCAGCAGCCUUCACGAAAGCCUUCUGCCAUCACAAGCUCAUUGAAGUGAAUGCCACGUCGGUGGACUCGGAGCUUCUGGCCCCAGACAUCAUCCACGCUCUCCAGAGCAGUGCCUGGAUCCAGAAGAACCUCCAGUGUCUUGUGUUAGACUCAGUCAGCAUCCCUCCGAACUCAGGACUAGUGGCCUUGAGUCAUUUCACUGGGCUUCACACUUUAAGUGUUGCCAAUGUGUCCUUUUGCAAUGAAGACCUAGUUAGUGUUUCUCAGUUACCGAACCUGGGAAGCUUGGAUAUCUCCAAUACUCUGGUCACCAACAUCUCUGCACUCCUCUCCUGUAAGAACCGACUCAGGUCUCUCACAAUGCACUAUCUAAAGUGCCUGGCCAUGAACAGCCCACAGGUCCUUGCAGUUAUCAGACAACUGAAAUGCCUGCUUCACCUUGAUAUUUCUGAUCAUCAGCAGCUCAGAUCAGACCUGGCUUUUUAUCUGUUACAGCAGAAGGACAUCCUGCCCAACCUCACAUCCCUGGAUAUUUCAGGGGGCACCGACGUCACUGAUCAAGCUGUGGAAUCCUUUCUGCAGCACCGGCCUGCCAUGCGAUUUGUGGGACUCUUGUAUACAGAUGCUGGCUAUUCUGAUUUCUUUACGGCAAAGCAAGGCUUGAAGGUUGCUGGAGGAGCCAACAUGAGUCAGAUUUCAGAAGCACUGAGUCGUUACCGGAACAGGUCGUGCUUUGUGAAGGAAGCUCUCUUCAGGCUCUUCACGGAAACACUUUCCCUGCGUGCUGUCCUGCCUGUCAUGCUAAAGCUUGUGGCUAUAGGAAUGAGGAAUCAUCCAUUGGAUCUGCCAGUGCAGUUCACAGCCAGUGCUUGCGCUCUCAACCUAACACGCCAGGAACUGGCCAGGGGAAUGCCUGUUCGUCUGUUGGCAGAGAUCACCGAUCUACUUUUCAAAGCAACGAAAAAUUUCCCCUACUACCAACAGUUACAGAAGAAUUGCCUCCUCUCCUUAACCAGUUCCAGGAUCCUUAUGGAUGUUCCGUUUGACAGGUUCGAUGCUGCCAAGCUCGCUCUGAGGUGGGUGUGCAGGCGUGAGAGCCCCAAGCUGCGAACAAUGGCAGUGAGCAUCACCUCCAUCCUAGCCCUGAAGCUCUCACCUGAGGAGAUGGGACAGCUUCAGGAGGAGCUCAUUAUGGCCAUCAAGGAACUUCUAACAAUCAUCAGACAAAAGCUGGCUGAAAAUUUAGAUGAUGUCACCUUCUUGUUUACUCUGAAAGCACUUUGGAAUCUUACGGAUGAGUGUCCAUUGGCCUGCAAGUACUUUAUGGAAAACGAAGGACUAGCAACUGUCAUCCGAGUCUUAGAGACAUUUUCAAUAUCUGUGAUACAAAGCAAAGUACUUGGUCUUUUGAACAAUGUCGCUGAAGUCCGAGAGCUCUCUUCCAAGCUGGUGACGGAAGAUGUGAUAGAACGCAUCAUCAGCUUGCUCCACAGCAGCAACCUGGAAGUGAGCUUCCUGGCUGCGGGUGUACUAGCCCACCUGACAUGUGACAGGCAGCACUGGCUAUCCCGGGACCUGCAAAGGACUGACCUUCUCCGAUACCUGCACUUAGCCAUCCAGAAUUGGCCAAGUUCACGGUGUGACAUGUCAGUAUUGGUGACCUACAGAUCUUUCAAAGCAUUUUCCCCACUCCUUGUCAACUUCUCUCAGCCAGAAGUUCAGCGCUGGGCACUGUGGGCCAUACAUCAUGUUUGCAGUAAAAACCCUAGCAAAUACUGCCAGCUGUUGGUAGAAGGAGGAGGACUACAGCUCAUGUAUGACAUCCAGGAGCACGGGCAGGCCAGUGCCCAGGUGAGGCAGAUGGUGUCCUCCAUCCUGGAGGAGUUCAGGAUGCACUUCACAAGCGACCGGAGACCUCCACAACCCCAGGGCCCUUUGUGACCUAGCGGCCUUUCAGGGGUGCUGCUUCUUAAAGACAGGGUUUCUUUUUGUCUUUGAGCAAUGGGAGUUUGAAACCAGUUUUUGGGUUUACCAAUUGUUAGCAUUUAUCAAUUGACUGGUUACUUUUCUCUGUGACAAAAAGAUUGGGUCCUGGGCUGGGCCGUGGAAGGCAGAGACAGGUGGAUCUCUGUGAUUUGAGUCCAGCCAGGGCUACACAGAAAAACCCUGUCUUGAGAAAACAAGAAAUGAUUGGGUCCUUUCUAUUCCUUCAGAAGAGGGAAGGAAACUUUAGGGAGACCUUGGUCUUGUUCCAUUUCCUCAGCUGCUCCAGGUUAUGUGUGGCCGAGACUGGCCUUGAGCUCAGCAAUCCUGCUGUUUCAGUGCUGGGGCUUCCAGCAUGAGCUGCCACACCCUGGCGCCUUUAAUGUUCUUUUCCCUCCAAUUUGAGGAAUCAGAUCAUUGAGUGUGUGAAUGUGUGGGGUUGAAGCGCAGGCCUGGACUGAAGUUAGAAUACAUUGGAAAUUCUCACUUUGGAAAAGCUCUGACCAAAGCUGAGAGAAAAAGACUGCAGAACAUUUCAGUGCAUGCUUUUCCUGAUGUGGACACAAAGCGGGUGGUUUUAUGAGAACCAUCCCUGGCAGUAGUGAACACCAUCCAGUCUGUCCUGCAAAACUGGAACAGAGUGUGGACGCCUUCCUUUCCCUGUUGAGAAGUAGUUUUCACUCAGUCAAGUUUUGAAGAAUGGAAGUAAAUAGCAAAUUCCUCUGUGCGUGUGUGUGUGUGUGUGUGAGAGAGAGAGAGAGAGAGAGAGUUUUGCAUGUUUGAGCCUGGUGUCCACUAAGGUCAGGACUGGAACUGGGGCCACCACAUGGGUGUUGGGAACCAAACCCCAGUCCUCUGGAAGAGCAGCAGAUGAUCUUAACUGCUGAGCCAUCUCUGCAGGCCCUGGAUGUUAGAGUUUUGUGCUUUUAGCUAGUGUGGUCCGGACUUAGUAUGUACACGCAUGUUUGUGUGUACAUCCAUGCACGCGUGCAAGUAAGCACCUGCAGAGGGCAAAAGAGUAUUGAAUUUGGAGCAAGGGUUACAGGCAGGUGUCAGCUGGGAGCCAAGCUUGGGUCCUCUGCUCAAGAGCAGCAAGCGAGCCCUGUCACUCACUCACUCACUCACUUGAGCAUCAGCUGAGGAAGAAACUCAUCCUUAGCUAUCCUAAGCCACAUUCUAGACUACAGUCCCAGCAAUGAGAAGGAGAUGAAGGUAAGCCAGCCUUAUGCUCAUGGCUGGUCUCUCUCUCUGCUACUCCCCUAGCCAUACCCUAAAUGUAUUCUAUACUAUACCUGGUACCUCAGGGGGAAGGGAUGCCAGCAUGGGUCCACAGAGGCACCUCCUUCCCCCAAACCUUCCUCUGAUACCAAACAUAUCCACCAAAACAUAUCCUCCCCCCCUUUUCCUAAGACAUUUUACUUUUUUUAUUUAAGUAAAAUAUAAUCCCAUCA